AUGACCGACGAAUCUUUAAUCAAAGCUGAAAAAGAUUACACCGAGAUUUUGGACCGAGAGCUUCCAAUUAUCGAUGAGCUUUAUUCUAAAGAUUUUUCUUCUGCUUUAGAUCAACUGCUGGUCUUGGAAAAACAGACUAGACAGGCAUCAGAUCUUUUUUCUUCUAAAAGAGUCUUGACAAAAAUUAUUGAUAUUUCAAUAAAGUCAGGUAACUGGAAGAUCAUGAAUGAGCAAGUUCAAUUGCUUUCAAAAAAACACGGCCAGCUUAAGCAAGCUAUUACCUCCAUGAUUCAAGAAGUAAUUAAAGGAAUAGAUGAGACUCCUGAUUUAGAUACCAAAAUUAAGACAAUUGAAAACAUUAGAAGUGUCACUGAGGGUAAAAUAUAUGUUGAAGUUGAGCGUGCCCGUGUUUCUCGAACUCUUUCUAAAAUUAAGGAAGAUGAAGGUGAUAUUGAUGCUGCCACGGAAAUUCUCGGUGAGCUACAAGUUGAAACAUACGGUUCUAUGGAUAUCCGUGAGAAAACAGAAUUCAUUUUGGAACAAGUUGAACUUUACAUUAAAAAAGGUGAUUACACUCGUGCUCUUAUUUUGAGCCGUAAAAUUGUUGCUAGAUAUUUUGAGAAAGAGGAAACUCAUGAUUUAAAGCUUCGCUACUACGAGCUAUUGAUUAAAAUCGACUUGCACAACUCUCAUUAUCUCGAAGCAUGCCAGCACUAUAGGGCUGUCUACAACACACCUCGAGUUCUUGAAGACGAAAGUAAAUGGAAGCAAGCCUUAGAGCAUAUUGUUUUUUUUAUUAUUCUUUCGCCCUAUGACAAUGAACAAUCGGAUCUUAUCCAUAGAAUUGCAACAGAUACAAGACUCUCUAAACUUACCAUUCAUCAGGAUCUUAUCAAAUGCUUCACUGCUAAUGAAUUGAUGCGCUGGCCUAAGGUUGAGCAAAUUUACGGCCCUCCUCUCCAAAAGACUGAUAUUUUUGAUAUCAAUACAUCAGAAGGCCGUACACGAUGGGAUGAUCUUCGCAAGCGUGUGGUUGAGCACAAUCUUCGUGUUAUAUCAAAGUAUUACACUCGCAUUCGCACUCACCAGCUCAAUUAUUUACUCGAUCUUUCUGAGAAAGAGACAGAAGAGUUUAUUUCUAAGCUUGUUACCCAAGGAACUAUCUAUGCUAGAAUAAACCGACCAGAAAGAAUUGUCAAUUUUGAUGAGCCAAAGGGUGACACAGAAGUUUUGAAUGAAUGGAGUUACAGUAUAGGCCAACUUUUAGGCCAUAUUGAAACUAUUGGCCACCUUAUUGCUAAAGAAGAAAUGAUUCACGGAAUGAAAUAA